AUGAGUGGAAGAAAUUCUAAUCAGCCAAUAUCAUAUCCCAUUUUUACAUUUAGAUGGUUAGCUAUCCAUGGAUUAGCUAUACCAACAAUAUUUUUUUUGGGUGCUAUUACAUCUAUGCAAUUUAUUCAAAGAUAG